AUGAUUAGACUCCAAGUUUGUUGCACAACAUGUGUGUUGGUCAACAACUUUUGUGACUUGGAAAGCAGUAGUCGAUUGGAUUCCCCUUUCCCUAACCAUCCAAGAACAAUUUUUUACCAAACAACCUCGAACAUUUCUUUGCUCGAUCUGAGCUUCUUAUUUUACGCACAAAAACCCCAAACCCUUCCUCAGCCUCCAUACUCUAUACUUCUGGCUAAUACGAUAAAAACGUCUGGGCAAAGAGAACGCAAAUUGGAUUUUCAUCAGCCGCUUCAGGAGAAGAAACUACUGUAA